AUGGCAAGCAAGAUUUUCAUUACUGGAGCAACUGGUAAUAUUGGAAGUGAAUUGAUUCGUAUUUUGAAUUCUUCUCCAACAGAAACCAAGUUGAAACUCAAAUUGUUGGUUAGAAACGUGGAAAAGGCCUACAAGUUAUUCGAGGAAUGCACCAAUUUAGAUAUUGAAUAUGUUCUGGGAGAAUUUGAAACCAUUUCAUCACUUCCAACUAUAUUCCAAGAUGUUGAGAGAAUUUUCUUUGUAACAAUUGCCACUCCAAAUGUUGCUCAAUUGGAAAGACAAGUUGUGGAACUAGCUGUCAAGACCUCAAAGGGUUUGAAACAAGUUGUCAAGAUUUCAGCUUUGGGAGCCUCUGGAGAUCUUGAGCAAAACAACUUUUUCAAAAAUCUUCAUGAUUCUGAAACCAGUGUCAGAAAAGCUUUGAAAAAUACCUCAAUUUCGUAUGUGGUCAUUAGACCAAACAUGUUCAUUCAAAAUUAUGUGAGAGGUGACUUGGCAGAUAUCAAGAAUAGUGGAGUAUUCUAUAGACCAAAGCAUGACCAUGGAUUACCAUAUAGAAUUAGUCAUGUUGAUACUCGUGAUAUUUCAGAAAUGGUUGCUCAAAUCUUGAUUCAACCUCCAGAGCAACACGCUAAUCAAACCUAUAAUUUGACAGGUCCACAGAGUUUGACCUACGAACAAGUUGCCCAAAUCAUUUCCAAGUCACUUGGAAAGGAAAUCAAAUUUGUUGAAUUGGACGAAUUUGAAUAUGGUGAAUUAUUGAGAAAGAGUGGCGUUCCACCAUUCCUUAUUUUCCCAUUUGUUAGAUUGUAUCAAGUUUUCAAACUCAAUGGAACUACAGCAAACGUUCAUGGAGAUUAUCAAUUAAUAACUGGAAAGAAGCCAAGAAGUGUUGAAGAAUUCUUUAACCAACACAAGGACAAAUAUUUGUAA